AUGGGAGCCAUGUGGCUGUGGCUGCUGGGAGCAGGGGUCUUGGCUUCUCUCCAUGGCCAGCCCCAUCCCGCGUUCGGGGACAAGCAUGUGGAAGUGGCCCCAGCCCCGAACAAUCAGCUGUCCGCGGCCAUCCCUGCCUACCACAAGAUCACACCCACCAUCACCAGCUUUGCCCUGCGCUUGUACAAGCACCUGGCCUCAGAGAGCCCCGGAAACAUCGUCUUCUCCCCCGUGAGCAUCUCCUGCACCUUGGCCCUGAUGGCUCUGGGCGCCCCGGCCAACAUCUCCGCUCAGAUCCUGGAGGGCCUCGGCUUCAACCUCACAGAGAUCCCGGAAGCCGACAUCCACUGGGGCUUCCAGAGCCUCCUGCACACCCUUGUCCUGCCCAGCCCCAAACUGGAGCUCAAGGUGGGCACCACCCUGUUCCUGGACAAGCAGCUGCAGCCCCAGAAGCACGCUAUGGACCGCGUCAGGGAGCUGUACGGGGCGUUCGCCUUUGCUGCCAACUUCACAGACACCGCCGCCACCAGGUGGCAGAUCAACCACUAUGUGACGAAGCAGACAUACGGGCAGGUGGUGGACUGCCUCCAGGAGCUCAGCCCGGACACCCGCCUGCUCCUCCUGAAUUACGUCUUCUUCAAAGCCAAGUGGAAGCAACCUUUCCACCGCUACCAGACCCAGAAGCAAGGCAGAUUGUCAGUGGAUGAGAAGACGUCUACUCAUAUCCCCAUGAUGCACCAAAAAGUGAUGCACCGGUUUCUCUAUGACCAGGAGUUGGCUUGCACAGUUCUCCAGAUAGAAUACAGUGGCAAUGCGCUGGCCCUGCUCAUCCUCCCUGACCCUGGGAAGAUGAGCCAAGUGGAGGCAGCUUUGCAUCCAGAGAUCCUGAAAAAGUGGAACAAGUUACUCCUGCCCAGCCUUCUAGACUUGCACCUGCCAAGGUUUGCCAUCUCCGGAGCAUAUAACCUGGAAGAGAUACUGCCACACGUUGGUCUCACCAACAUAUUCAAUGCAGAAACUGACUUAUCGGGAAUCACUGGGCAGCUCAACAAAACCAUCUCCGGGGUGCUGCACAAGGCAACUGUGGACAUGAGUGAGCGGGGAACUGAGGCAGGAGCAGCCUCGGCGCUCCUCUCCCAGCCCCAGUCUCAGAACACAACAUGGACCCCCCGUGCCCAUUUCAACAGGCCUUUCCUGCUGCUCCUCUGGGAGGUGACCACCCAGAGCUUGCUCUUCAUGGGAAAGGUGGUCGACCCAGCCUCAGGGUGA